CGGCGACAUUACCAAAAGUGCAAUGUAUCUACAAAGGUGGAUGUUGUUUUUGUGGGCCCUCAGUUUAACCGAUUGUAUCAUACCUGAAGAAUCCGAAAUAAUUUUCGAUUCAUCUGAUGAUUUCGAUGCGCGUCAAAACGACAAAUACUCGGAAGGCCUCAACAACCUCUAUCAAGAAGACAGAGAGAAUUGGAGAAGGUGCACAGACAAAAUGGAAAGAGCUCUGGAAACAAUACGAAGAAGACAAUUGGCCAAAGAAAAAAUGUUACACCUAAACGGAUUUUCUUUGCAUCAGCCUUUAAGAAGUGCCCCAUUUGAUAUGUAUGUGACUGACAUGAGGGUGAGAUUACCACCUUCAAAAACAUGGGUUAAAGUGGAUAAAUGCAAUUUCAACCCUAUUAAUCACAGUCUAGAAACAAGGCUACGUUUUAAUGAUUUAACCAUAAGCGGCAGAGUCAAUCUUUUCAAUGACGGCGAAUUGAGACGCGACCCUUUGAGCCCUAAUCCUGAGGAAAGUUGCAACAUGAUUUUGAGACUGCGAAAGGCCGGAAUCGGAUUCCACACUGAGCCAAUCAGACGCGAAAGAGGCCAGUUCAACGUCAAAACCGACAGUCACUUUUUAGAACCCGGUUUCAUUUCUGUGUACGCUUACGGAUGUGAACCGGGCUUAAAAAGAAGAGAUUACGCCGAAGACCCUGACGAGGAAGUCAGUAGGGAAAUGGAGGAUAUAUUUUUGAAGGGAAUCAGGCAGUUGCUCACAUCUUACAUGCAAAAAGAGCUACAGCCGGCCAUCAAAGAAACUCUGAUGAAAAAUAUGGGGUACACCGUGUCCUAUGGUUAAUAAAUUGUAUAUUGUGCUAUUAAUAAACACCAAAAUACAAUAACAUAACGCAUUUAUAACAAAUUCCACAAAAACCUGAUAAUUAUACUUAUAGUCACAAGUACUAGAGGCACCCAAAGCUAAAAACAAAAAAGAUUUUUCAAGACAAUUAUUGCCAAUAACACCUCCACCUAAUAUCAAAAUCACUACUAACCUUAUUGUCAUUUUUCUCAAGUUUCAAUCCAGAAACUGCCCCUUUUUCCAAAGGUUUAACCAAUCCAGGCAUCACGACUUCGUCCAAAGGCAGCCCCAUCAUGGAAAACUUAGAGGCACUGCUUAUUUGUACUUUAACUAAUUUGCCCAUAAAAUUGGGCCUCAUUGGUACCAAAACUUGUUCAUAAAACUGGUUAUGACCAACAUAGUAUUUUUUAUCGUG